CUCUCACAUUAAACCCACCGCUAACACUUUUUUCAAACUUCAUCUCUCUCUCUCUCUCUCUCUCUAAAACCCCCCAAACCUGUUGCUCCAAAAUCACCCACAAUGUGGCAACUCCUGUUAGCUGCAGCCGUAGCAGGAUCCGGCUUCUUCGCAAACCGCUUCCUAAACCCUCCCUAUCCACCAGAAUCCGAUUCGAAACCUGAUCCGUCCGAAGAUCAACAAAAUUUCACCACUCCUUUAAAGAAGCAAUCCCAAGCUUCUUCAACGGCACUCGUUGAUUGCGACGGGUCGGUGUUUAGGUUUUCGAGUCCGGGUUCACGGUCCGGGUCCGGUUCGAAGAAUUUGCGGAGGAAGAAGUCGGAUAAGAGCGCUGGGAGUGAAAAGAAGUCGGACGGAAAAUGUGGGGGUUUGGAUUGCAGUAGGAGUGCGAGGAAAUUCGCCGUUUGCGUAAAGAAGAGAAGAACUAGCAGGAGUGCAACUGGCAAAUGCGUAUCUUGUUCUUCCAAAGACAACUCAGUUUUCAGUUGGGGACUUGGCGUUGGACUCAUGUAUAUGAUGUCUACUGGGAAGGCCGAAAUUGGUAGGCUGAACACAGCAAUGGAUGAGACUGCAAAAGUUGUUCAAGAACUAAAAACUGAACUCCACAAAAGGAAAUCAUCACGUAGUCUGCAAUUUUCCAGUUCUACAAAUACCAGUGCAAAGCUAGACAUAAUUGGUGGCAGAAAUAGCAAUCCAGUAUCAGAGUCUAGCGCUGAGAACAGAGACAACGUCCACGAUUCUGGUUUCCUUUUAACUGAAGAAGGUGGAUCUGCAAGUAGUGUUCUUACAGACGAGCCACGACAAGAGGUGGUGGAAAUGGAUCGUUUGGAAGCAGAGCUUGAGUCUGAACUGCAAAAGCUUCCUUGGUGCUCCACGGAAGCUUCUGGUGCUGAUGGAAGGAUAUCAGAUAUUUGUGAGAUUGAUACUUCUGUUGAAGGAUUUUGCAAGCCAGGUGACCAGGAUUCCAGUUCUUAUCAUUUGAGUGGUGUGUUGCCAUCUGAACUGGAUCAGAAACUUUGCCAUUUGCUCAUCGAACAGCAAGAGAGCCAGAUUGUGGACUUAGAGUCUGAACUGAAUCAGGCCCAAUCAAAACUUCAUGGGAAAGAAGCUGAACUCCAAGCAUUGAAGGACUGCGUUAGGCGCCUUACUGAACUUUCUCUAGCAAAUAUCUCAGAUGAAGAAACUGAAGUCCAUGUGGAAGAAGAGAGUCUGAAAGAUGGGGAUUACAAUAACAAGAUGCCACUUGAAUCACAAAGGUCAGUGGUCGGAAUGAAAAGAGCGAUGGACUUCCAAUCAUACAGUUGUCACGUAAAAUGAUGCUCUAAUCUAUACAAGCUAGUGGUUAAGCGCAAGCACUUUGCCGGAGGUCAAGUAUCAUUGUCGAACACUUACCGGACACCCUCAGGACACACGGUCAACCCUCAAACCAAAAAUGUCCCAUUUUUUCUCCAUGGUUUUGCAUUUGGACACUCUGCAGACACUCUAGAUUGUGCUCUGGACACCUUAGAAUGCUGUCCAGACACUCUAUGGACACUUCACCGGAGUGUUAGGUGUUGGGGGUUUAACAUAGUAGACUUUAGUUAAACUUAGAAAGAACGUCUUUGGUGUGAUUGAUGACGGUCAUUGAAUAUAAAUGUGAAUGAAUAAUAAAACACUUUUUUUUUGCGACAUUUCUGUGAAUGAUGCACUGAUUAUGGCGAAAAAGGCAUGUAUGAUAUUUUAAUUAUAAAUGAAGAUUUUUGUGUAACAUAAUACAAAUAUUUCUUUUAAUGUGUCCCCAACGUGUCGUGUCCACCAAUUCUUUCGCGUCGGAAUAUCGAUGUUCGUGUCUGUGGUUCAUAGCUUAUCUCUUGGUCAAGAUCGGGUUUUGAAAAGGAGUCCAAAACCUUGGUUGACUUUUUAUUUUUUGGUUGGGAGAGAGAAACUAAAAGCUACUGCCAGUUGACCGGCACAAGCUUAACACUGAAUUAAUCAGUACACUCGAGGAAUGGAAUUACAAAAUUGAUUGAAGUUGGUUUGAAGGCUCUAGGGGUAAUCCUGGAAAAAAUGUAAUGUGUAAGGUCGGUGGAGUGAUAGUGGUUACAGUUGCACAGAGAGGGAAAAAAGGUCCAUGGUGGGGGG